GAAUUUUGAUCAGUGCGACUGUCGUUCGUGCCGUUUGGUUGGUAAUAGGACGUUCUCUGUUUUUAUCUAAUCCAGGAGCUAGAAGAAGACAAAACAUUUCUGUCGGUAUGUCUGUGUAUGGAUAAGUACUGAACUGUAACUGUGAGGCUGCUAUCUGUGAUUGAAUAUGAGUAACCUAUGUCAGGAAUUCACCCACUGAUCCCUAUUCGGUGAAUUUAUGCCAACGGCUGACCGAGACGUCGAACGGAGUAUAAAAUAUAAAAAUAUAGGUUAUGCUGUUUCCACGGCCGUUUGAACGAUAGAAGGUUGUACCCAUUCAGUAGCCCAGCGUGGCGGUUGUGUUUAUAAAGUUGCAGAAAAGUAACCAAACUGAGACGAGAUGUGUGUGUUGAGAGCCAAGAAAAGAUCUGGAGUCGAUUCAUAAGCUUGUUAAUAAUAGUGGCAAAGACUUGAUGCGAACAUGUCAAACACGAUAAGUGGUAAGAAUUUAUUGCGUCCAACUGGGCUGCAGUGCAAAGAUCUUCAUGAAUAUCUAAAGACUCGGCCGCCAGAAACGUUGAAUAAACUGUAUCACAACCCUCCGAUUUGUCUGGCCGUUUUUCGGGAAUUGCCUGAAAUAGCCAGGCAUUAUGUUAUGCGGUUGCUGUUCGUUGAACAGCCCGUACCUCAGGCAGUCAUAGCUUCAUGGUGUUCAAAGUUACAUACCGAUGAGCAUCAGAAAGUCGUCAAAAUUCUCAAUGAGCUAAAUAUCUGGAAGGAAGCAUCAAUCCCCGGUGGUCUACCUGGGUGGAUUUUGAAUUCAACGUUGAAGAAGAAUUUGAAAAUAGUUUUACUUGGUGGCGGUAAACCUUGGACGAUGUCAAAUCAGUUAGAAACCGAUAAUAAACCACGAGACGUCGCCUUCCUAGAUACGUAUGCCUUGGAAAGGUGGGAGUGUGUUCUCCAUUACAUGGUCGGAUCUCAGCAGCAAGAAGGAAUAUCGGCUGAUGCGGUAAGAAUACUGCUACAUGCUGGACUGAUGAAACGUGACGAGGAAGACGGCAGCCCAGUCAUUACACAAGCAGGAUUUCAGUUUCUACUGCUAGAUACAGCGUCCCAGGUCUGGUACUUCAUUCUUCAAUACUUGGACACUAUAGAAGCCAGGGGUCUGGAUCUGGUCGUUUGUCUAACCUUCUUGUUUCAAUUGAAUUUCUCGACAUUGGGAAAAGAUUACAGUACUGAAGGUAUGUCAGAGGGACUAUUGACAUUUUUGCAGCACCUCAGAGAAUUUGGUCUGGUCUAUCAAAGAAAACGUAAGGCUGGAAGAUUUUACCCUACCAGGCUAGCACUAAACAUUGCCACAGGUCAAAAUAAGCCUCUGUCAAGUGACUUAGAGAAGGAAGGAUACAUAGUCGUGGAAACCAAUUACAGAGUUUACGCUUAUACCAAUUCUAAUUUGCAAGUCGCUCUGCUUGGUCUCUUUUGUGAAAUGCUUUACAGGUUCCCAAACUUGGUUGUAUCCAUUUUAACAAGAGAUUCAGUGAGGCAAGCUCUGAAGAGCGGCAUUACAGCUGAACAAAUCGUUGGAUACCUACAUCAGCAUGCCCAUCCUAAGAUGAUUGCCUUAGGACCACCAACUUUGCCCCCUACCAUAGUGGAUCAAAUCAAGUUGUGGGAAAACGAAAGAAAUAGAUUUAUAUUUAGCGAGGGCGUUCUGUAUAGCCAGUUUCUUUCACAGACUGACUUUGAAGUUCUCAGAGAUCACGCGCUCACCACCCAAGUUCUAAUCUGGCAAAGCGAAAGAAAGCGGACUAUGGUUGUCACAAAAGCGGGUCAUGAUGACGUCAAAAAGUUUUGGAAGCGUUAUUCGAAAGGAAGCAGUUGAUUUCAAUUUUUGCUUUGCUUUGGGCAUUGCUACCUGCUGGCGAAUUCUUCAUCUUUCAACUACAGUAUGUCUCACAUGUUCAGACUGUGUUAAUAUUAUUUACUUCCUGAAUGAGACUACUAUUUUCACUUUUUGAGCACUUGUAGGUAAAGUGGUUGCAAAAGUCUGCCACCGAUCACUCUGGAAUAAAGCGACGUUGGAGUAACAAUAAUGCUCUUGAUGAUAACUAUAAUUAUGCCAGUCCUGAUAAGAAGUUACAAAGACCUGGAAGCUAAUGGGAUUACAGUGUCAAUGAUAUAAAUAAUUUCUAUGAUAAAGGUUACGAAAAUAAGGAAAUAAAUUUGAUUAAAUUUAUCAAUA